AUGGAAUUUUCUCAGACUCUUCCUGUAAGAUUUUACGAGUACUGCCGCGCCUUCGAGGAGGAAAUAGAAUAUUGCUGUAAAAAUAUUAGCAAAGAGUUCAUUUCCGAAGCUAAUUUACCUCCAAAACAAUACAAUAUAUACCGUUUACAAGAAGAUAGCCAUAACGAAGUUUUUGACGGUACUGCAGAUUUCAGAUUUCCCCCCUUAAGUGACGAGAAUUUGGAAAAACCACCGAGGGACGCCGCAAAUUUCCGAGAACGCCGCAGGAUGCUUAGUAUCAACUCUGCGUUUGAAGAACUGAGGCUUCAUGUACCUACUUUUCCUUAUGAAAAGCGUCUUUCUAAAAUUGACACCCUGCGUUUGGCCAUAGCUUACAUUGCCCUUCUUCGAGACCUCCUAGAAGCUGAUGUGGCGGAUCCUAUAGAGUAUGUGGAGCGGAUACUUAAUUCUCCCGACAUUCCAAGGUCCCAAAUAGUCUGGAACACAAGUGACCUGACAGCCAGAAUCGCCUGGAUAAAGUGGGAGAGUCUUGGUGUCCAUCGAAGAAAGAAAUCUUCGUGUCAACACCAGCUAUAA